AUGAGUAUUGUUCUUGUUUUGUCUUUGGUCUUAAACGUACUGAUGCUUUCCCUUUUGUCUCUCCUCUUACUUGGAGUUUCCAGUCAAGAUUGCCCGUCCUCAAUCAUCAACGACCAUGGGGGUGCUUCACUGAAUAGCGGCCCAAGAGGAGCGGCCUCAUUUUCACCUUUUUUCGACCUUGUCAAUCUUACGACACACUCCCAAAAGAUCAAUGGCAGGAUACACGACAACACUACAAUCUUCCGACACGACCCAUCUCCCGCAGUUGAUGAAGCAUGGGACCAUCUCUCUACCGAGGGAUACGAGGUUAUUCUCGUGGAUGAGACGACGGUUAUAAAAUCAGGGAAGUCGCCACAUCUGAGCGUUAAAGCACCUUUGAGUUGGGGCUUCGGCGAUGGCAAGUAUCUCGCACAGAUCGACGUGUUCCAUCAAAUCCACUGUCUGAAUGAACUCCGCAAGGAGAUUCACUUCGACUAUUACUAUGGCGCGAAUUGGGACAAGACAUCGAUACCGCCUGAGCAUGCUGCGCAUAAAAAGCACUGCAUUCAUAUACUGUUGCAGAAUAUAAUGUGCCACGCUGACGUGGACAUCAUUACGCACAACUGGGUGCAUUAUGAGAACAUGGACAACCGCGACAGGCCUUACGCGGAGCCGUUGGCAGACUUCAACUUGAUCAAAAGCUGCCGUGACUUUGAUGCUUUGCUGGACUGGGCAUUUGAGAAGGCGGUGGAUAAUUUGACGGCGAAGUGGGCGAAGUGGGAAAUGCCAAAAGACGCAACAUUAGUUCAUGGUGAUGGAUACUUGUCAUGA